CAACUGCUAUGCAUUCCUACUAUACCAACCGCCAUGGAACAAGGCCAAGCAUUAAUUUCUUUGCCUUCUCAUACAGUAUAAUUUAUAUGUACAAACCCCUUUUAUGGACUCCACUUCGCAAAGCUUAUUUCGUCGUAAUGGUAGUCGACGUUCAUGCGAAGCGUGUCGGAAAUUGAAAACCAAAUGUGACCACGCAUUGCCCAAAUGUGGUCGAUGUGCUCAAAAGAAUGUCCCAUGCG